GUAAUUCAUCCCCGUUUCUUCUCAUUCUUCCGUGAAAGCUCCCAUGGAGAUUAAGCACAAAGGUAAAGUGCACCCAUCGCCGUCGUCCUCGCCGCCCUCAUCUUCCUCCUCUGUCUUCAAGCUUCUUCCGGCCGCCAUUUUAGCGCUAGUUUCAGUUCUUUCUCUCGAUGAGCGUGAAGUCUUGGCCUACAUGAUCGCUAGGUCUAUUCAAUCCUCUGCAGUCACCUCCACUCACGAUUCCAGGAAGAAAUCGGCUAAAAAAGCUUCGAUCAAUGGCGGAAACAGUAAUGUUAGUACUAGUUAUCAUAAAACUCCUGUGUUUAGUUGCGAUUGCUUCUACUGCUACACUGCCUACUGGUGCCGCUGGGACUCCUCUCCUAAUCGCGAACUAAUCCACCAGGCGAUCGAGGCGUUUGAAGAUCACUUAACCAGCGGCGAGAAGCCGAAGAAGAACACUGGAAAAGGAAAGAGGAGAGACAGAAUCAGCCGUCAAGCUACUGACAAAUCUCUGCCUGUUGUUCAACGUCCAACGCCGGUGGUCGAUGAGUGCGUCGUCGUUCCGCUAUCGCCGGAACGUCAAUCAGCGGCGGCGUCUGUGUUGGAGGAGACAAAAGGAAGUCCGGUGAAGGAAGUUGGAGAGAGCGGUCCGGGAAAGGAAGUGGACGGCGACCACCAGAAGGGUUUGGCGACGAAGGUACUUCCGGACGUGUUAGGGUUUUUCAAUUCUCGUUUGUGGAGUCUGUGGAGUCCGAAUCUUUAAAUUAAUCAUAUUGAAUUUCAAAA